CCAUAUGGAUGUCAGUGCAGACGGCACGAUGACACUUACCGGCAAGGGCGCCUGGGGUCUCGUGUCAGGCUUCUCCUCCCUUCUCCACAGUAAACUCUCCACCUGCACCCCCAUCAAAUCCUGGACCUUCAUGACCAGCAACAGCGCCGAAGGCCAACGUAUCAAACUUGCAGAGCAGGGGAUUGAUUUCCUCAUCGACGCCAAGCUUAGCUCAUGGAAUGGAGUUGGCCAAGAUCAAUGUUUUAACAAAAUGAUCAGUGAGGUUGGCGGACCAGCUGAUAUUGGAUAUAGCAAUGGAAUGAAAAUUGUUGAUAGACCGGUGGCGCCGAAGCCACAGCCCAAGCCGAAGCAGGAACCGGUGAAGGAGAAGCCGAAAGAGGAGAAACCGAAGAAGGUUCCUGAAGUUCCAAAGGUGAACCCGGAUUGUUGCAAGUGUCCUAAAGGAUGGUGCUGGGGGUGGCUAGGUUGGCACUGUUGUGGUUAUUGAUGAGUCUUUGGGC